UCUUCUUCCGUACCCUUAAAUUGUCUCUGCUUAUGAAUCAAAACGCCGUUGACGAUUAAAACCAUUUCACAGUUCUCUGUAAUGUCUAAAACCCUUCUCUCUCGCAUCAAACCUCUUACCAAUCCUCCUCGAUCUCAUUUUCCGAUAACUCCUCGCAUCAAGAAACUAGUAAGCGACACUGUAUCCAUCCUCAGAACCCAGCGAAACUGGUCUCAAAUUCUCGACGAUUGCUUCGCUGAUGAAGAAGAAGAAGUACGCUUCGUCGAUAUCUCACCUUUCGUAUUCGAUCGAAUCCAGGAUCCUGUAAUCGGCGUGAAGCUGUUUGAUUGGCUAUCGAGCGAGAAGAAAGAUGAAAUCUUUUCAAAUGGGUUUGCUUGUUCUUCGUUUCUGAAGCUCUUAGCGAGGCAUAGGAUCUUCGAUGAGAUUGAAGAAGUGUUGCGUAAUCUCAGGAAAGAAAAUGUGAAGCUUACACAUGAAGCAUUGAGCCAUGUUCUUCACGCGUAUGCUGAAUCGGGUUGUUUGAGUAAAGCAGUAGAGAUUUAUAAUUAUGUAGUUGAGGUAUAUGAAUCUGUGCCUGAUGUUAUUGCUUGCAACUCGUUGUUGAGUUUACUUGUGAAAAGUCGGAGACUUGGAGAUGCACGGAAGAUGUAUGACGAAAUGUGUGAGAGAGGUGGUUGUGUUGAUAAUUACAGUACUUGUAUACUGGUCAAAGGUAUGUGUAGUGAAGGGAAGGUAGAAGAAGGUAGAAAGAUGAUUGAAGAUCGAUGGGGUAAAGGUUGUGUUCCGAAUAUUGUGUUUUACAACACCAUCAUUGGUGGAUAUUGUAAGCUGGGCGAUAUCGAAAGUGCGAAUCUAGUUUUCAAGGAGUUGAAAUUGAAAGGGUUUAUGCCGACUUUGGAAACUUUUGGAACGAUGAUAAAUGGGUUUUGCAAGAAAGGGGAUUUUGUGGCGACUGAUCGACUUUUAAAGGAAGUAAAAGAAAGGGGUUUAAGGGUUAGUGUUUGGUUUCUUAAUAACAUUAUUGAUGCUAAGUGUAGGCACGGUUCUAAGGUUGAUCCAGUUGAGAGUAUACGAUGGAUAGUAGCUAAUGAUUGCAAGCCUGAUAUGACAACAUAUAACAUUUUGGUGAAUCGUUUGUGUAAAGAAGGGAAAAAGGAGGAUGCUGUUGGGGUUUUGGAUGAAGCAUGGAAGAAAGGGUUGAUUCUGAACAAUUUAAGCUAUGCCCCUCUAAUACAAGCCUAUUUUAAAAGCAAAGAGUAUGAUAUUGCUUCUAAGUUGCUUCCACAGAUGGCUGAAAGAGGAUGCAAACCAGAUAUUGUUACAUAUGGAAUCAUUAUUCAUGGUCUUGUUGUUUCAGGGAAUAUGGAUGAUGCUAUUAACAUGAAGGUUAAAUUGAUAGAUAGAGGAGUUUCACCGGAUGCUGCCAUCUACAAUAUGUUGAUGAGUGGAUUGUGCAAGACCGGUAGAUUUUUUCCUGCCAAACUCCUCUUCUCUGAGAUGCUAGACCGGAAUAUUAUACCAGAUGCUUAUGUAUAUGCCACGUUGAUAGAUGGAUUUAUCAGGAGUGGUGAUUUUGAUGAGGCAAGGAAGGUUUUCACUCUCUCCAUUGAAAAAGGUGUGAAGCAACAGGAUAUGGCUACUGCCUUAAAGAUUUUCCGAUGCAUGGAGAAGAGUAAAUGUAAGCCAAAUGUGGUAACGUACACCUCCCUUAUCAACGGUUUUUGUUGCCAAGGGGAUUUCAAAUUGGCUGAGGAUACUUUCAAAGAGAUGCAAUCUUGUGGCGUGGUGCCUAAUGUUGUCACCUACACAACACUUAUAAGAAGUUUUGCUAAAGAGAGUAGUACCCUUGGAAAAGCAGUUUUCUAUUGGGAGCUUAUGUUGACAAACAACUGUGUACCUAAUGAAGUUACCUUCAAUUGUCUACUUCAGGGAUUUGUGAAAAAAACAUCUGAACAUGUUCUUGCUGAACCAAAUGAUCAGGGACAAAGUUCUCUGUUUUUUGAGUUUUUCCAUAGAAUGAAAUUAGAUGGGUGGUCGGACCACGCUGCUGCUUACAAUUCUGUCCUUGUUUGUCUCUGUGUGCAUGGAAUGGUGAAGACUGCUUGCUUGUUUCAGGAUAGGAUGGUGAAAAAAGGCUUCUCUCCUGAUCCUGUUUCAUUUGCUGCUAUUUUGCAUGGUUUUUGCGUGGUUGGGAACUCAAAUCAAUGGUGGAACAUGGACUUUUGUCAUCUGGAUGAAAAAGGUCUUGAAGUAGCUGUUAGGUACUCGCGAGUUUUAGAGAAACACUUACCUCAAAGAGUGACAUCUGAGGCUUCAACAAUUUUGCAUGCAAUGGUUGUAAAGAAUGACACCAAAGACUUGAGAACUGUAGAAUCUCGGUAACAUAAAGACGGUUAGCUGUUGAA